GAUGGCAAACGGUCAUCUGCCGUGGCAGUGAGAAGUCGGCCAACAUUUUAGAUUGCUUUUUGACUUUAAAAACAGAAGUUCCUAUCAUGACUGAACAGCAAAAACAAGACCUGAACCCUCUGACCAUAAAGAUCAGGUCCGCCUCUUGUCUUCCAAUCCAGCCUGUAUCCAUUCAUGAUCUGGAGAGGCUGUGCAGCCCUGUCUACUGCAGAUACCAGUUCCACAGUACUCCGGUGCACGAGACCAAGAGAGAGCCCCAUGGGACUCAUGUAUUUUUUCACGAUAUCAAUGUCAUCUUCCUUGGGGCCAUGCACCCCAGUGACGUGAGGGAGUACCUGGAAGGACCCCCCAUGGUAGUUGAAGUCCAUGACAGGGACCGGAAGUCAGAGGAGUAUUCCCGGAAGCCUACCCUGUUUGGAGAGGACUUUUUAGAUUCAUACUUCAAUCUCCAAGCUUUCAUCUCUUCCAAAGACACAGAGACUAACCCCUAUGAGUCACAGAACAAGAUUUGGGAUCCUUAUGGGGUUGCCAGAGUCAGUUUUGCUGACCUCCUCCUUGGUUAUAAGUACUUGAACCUCAUUGUCCCCAUCCACAACUGUGAGCCAAAGUCUCCCAACUGGAGCCAGGAUAGUAGGAACAGAAGGGCUUUAGGAUUCCAGGCUCCCACAGAUGUCCUCCAGCACAGCUCAAUCCCCAUAGGCAACUACCUGGAGGCAAACUCUUUACUCAAGCUCCGAGUAGACAUUGCAGUACCCUUGGGUAGUUGGUCCAGAGCUCCUGAGUUUGACCUAAUGGGUACCCAUUUUGGUCGCAUCAUUUUUGUGUUCAAUGUCAAGAAGCUGUCCCUCCUACAGAGCCUGCUACAGGACAUCACCAUAAUCAAUGCUAAAGCCCUGGACCUGGACAGUUAUCCCCUCCAGAACAUCCAGCAAAUUCUGUCAGCCUUCAAGGUGCGUGUGAAGGUCCAGGAGCAGCAGAACCUGGAUGUGCUCACUGGCUUCCAUCUGUUGGAUGGGAAGAUCCAUCUUUUUAUUCUAGAAGGCUUGGCAGACCAUGGCUUGAGGCGGCUGUGGGAGAGUUACCAGAGCAGUGUUACUGCCUCCAACCGUGCAGCAUGCAAGGUGCUGUAUGACUCCAGGAUGCUCUUCCGCAACCGCCUGUAUGCGGACCUGGAGACUAUGCUGUACCACGUACAUUUGUUCAGGCCCGUGUCAGUGCUCCUGCGGUACCCUGCACUCUAUGUUCGUGGGGCUGUGUCACGCAUGGCCUUUCAGGCACUGUCCAGGAUCCAUGACAUCUGCCACAACAGCACCAGGCUCAAGGAGGUGGUUAUGAGAGACCUGCUGCCUUCUUCCUCCAUGAUUAAAGACCUCAGCCAAGAGUUUGGGAUACCCAUUUCUCAGGAAGAUCUCACAGAUGGAAAGCUGUUGGCCCCAUCACCCCAGCCUGAUGUCAAUGAUGAGGACUUCCCACAUCGACCUUCUAAUCUCCCACAGGAGAUUCAAGCCCACCAGGAGAAGUACCUGCAGUGGCGGAACAACAUGCUGUUGAAGAACCAAGUCCAUAGGGAUAGCGUUGUCCAGGUGGGCAUCUCUCUUCCCUCCAUGCUGGGGCUCCCGGAUUCCGAGGGGUUCAGGGCCCAGUAA